GAGAGAGAGAGUGAUAGAGUGAUAGAAGGGUGAGAAAGAGAAAGAGAGCGUGAGUGCACAAUCCGGGAAACACUAGACGGCACCUAAUCCGACGUCUCCGUGACCGUCCGUGAAGUCCUCCGAUGUCUAGUGCUGAGGUGGCGGAGAGCUCCGUUGAUCCCCCAGCCAAGAAGCGACGCGUUGGUGCUGCCAGCACGACGGGAGGAGUCGACGACGAGCCGACAACGACGAACGUGGCGGAGAUAGACGUAGACAUGGCGAAGAACGGAUCCACGACGAGCUCCAGCAACAGCAGCGGUGGCGGAGGUGGAGGUGGUGGCGUCGGCGGCGGUGGCGGUUCCUCGUCCUCGAGCGGUGCCGGCCGAACGCCCACCGAGAUCGACGAGGGCCUCUACUCGCGGCAGCUCUACGUCCUCGGGCACGACGCCAUGCGCCGCAUGGCGUCCUCGGACGUCCUCAUCUCCGGCCUCGGCGGCCUCGGCUUAGAGAUCGCCAAGAACGUCAUCCUCGGCGGCGUCAAGUCCGUCACGCUGCACGACCACGAGUACAUGUGCAGCCUGCGAGAACUGGGCUCGCAGUUCUAUCUCACCGAGAACGAUUUAGGUAAAAAUCGCGCGGCCGCGUGCUGUCAACGUCUGUCGGAGCUGAACAACUACGUGCCUACUCGCCAUUAUUCCGGCGACCUGACCGAGGCGUACCUCCAACAGUUCAAAGUCGUGGUGCUGACAGAAACUUCGCUGGCCGAGCAACUGCGCAUCUCGCGGAUCACUCGCGCCAACGGAAUUGCUCUCAUAAUCGCCGACACUCGUGGCCUCUUCUCUCAGGUGUUCUGUGACUUUGGCGACUCUUUCACGGUUGUGGACACGAAUGGAGAACCGCCGGUGAGCGCGAUGGUCGCCAGCAUCUCCCGCGACAGUGAGGGUGUCGUCACUUGUCUGGAUGACACUCGUCACGGCAUGGAAGACGGUGACUACGUGACCUUCUCCGAAGUGCAGGGUAUGGUCGAACUGAAUGGUUGUGAGCCGAUCAAGAUCAAAGUGCUGGGACCGUAUACGUUCAGCAUCGGCGAAACUUCAAGGUUCUCCGAAUAUUUGCGUGGCGGUAUCGUGACUCAGGUCAAGAUGCCCAAGAUUUUACACUUCGCAUCGAUGGAGACGGCCCUGAAAAAACCCGAGUUCCUCGUCACAGACUUCGGUAAAUUUGAUUAUCCGGAACAACUGCAUCUGGCCUUUUUGACACUGCAUCAGUACAAGGAAAAUAAAUGUGCGCUGCCGCGAUCAUGGAAUCAGGAAGAUGCCGACGAGUUUGUCUCUCUAGCCGAGAAUAUCAAAGACAAAUAUGGUUUCGACACUGAGAUCAAUGGUGAAUUGCUGCGCACGUUCGCCAAGAUAUCCGCCGGUAAUCUCAACCCCAUGAACGCUACGAUUGGCGGUAUUGUUGCCCAGGAAGUGAUGAAAGCCUGUUCCGGCAAGUUCCAUCCCAUAUAUCAAUGGUUGUAUUUCGACGCCAUCGAAUGUCUGCCCGCCGAUUGUUCGGAACUCACCGAGAAGGAGUGCGCUCCCAUCGGGUCCCGUUAUGACUCUCAGGUGGCAGUCUUUGGCAAAAAAUUCCAGCAUCAACUCGGUGAUUUGAAAUACUUUGUGGUAGGUGCUGGCGCGAUCGGUUGCGAAUUGCUGAAGAAUUUUGCGAUGAUCGGCGUGGGCGCGGAAAAGGGUUGUGUCACGGUGACCGAUAUGGAUCUGAUCGAAAAGUCCAAUUUGAAUCGACAGUUCCUAUUCAGACCAUCGGAUGUGCAGCAAUCCAAGUCAUCGACCGCGGCCAGAGUUAUCAAAGGCAUGAAUCCGCACAUGAAUGUGGUCGCGCAUGAGAAUCGAGUAUGUCCGGAGACGGAAAAGAUCUACAACGACGAUUUCUUCGAAGUACUGGACGGUGUGGCGAACGCGCUCGACAAUGUAAAUGCGCGCAUCUACAUGGAUCGUCGUUGCGUAUACUAUCGUAAACCGCUAUUAGAAUCCGGUACCCUCGGCACCAAGGGCAACACCCAAGUAGUAGUGCCAUUCCUGACCGAAUCGUACAGCUCGUCGCAGGAUCCGCCGGAGAAGAGCAUCCCAAUCUGUACACUCAAGAACUUUCCCAACGCCAUCGAGCACACCUUGCAGUGGGCCCGCGAUAGUUUCGAGGGACUGUUUCGUCAAUCGGCGGAGAACGCGGCGCAGUACAUCUCCGAUCCACAAUUCGUUGAUCGGACGCUCAAGCUGCCCGGUGUGCAGCCCCUCGAAGUAUUGGAAUCUGUUAAAACGGCCUUGAUCGACGAGAGACCGAGCACCUUUGCCGAUUGUGUCGCUUGGGCUCGUUGUCACUGGCAGGAGCAGUACAGCAAUCAAAUUCGCCAACUACUGUUCAACUUCCCGCCGGAUCAAGUGACCUCGAGCGGUCAGCCUUUUUGGUCCGGCCCGAAACGUUGCCCAGACCCAUUGGUCUUCGAUGUUAAUGAUCCCUUACACAUGGACUACAUCGUCGCCGGCGCCAAUCUCAAGGCUAAAGUUUACGGAAUACCCACAAAUCGCGAUAGAGAGGAGGUUGCCACAAUUCUCGCCACCGUCAAAGUACCGGAAUUUACGCCCAAAUCCGGCGUGAAGAUCGCUGAAACGGAUUCGCAGGUGCAAGUGUCAAACGGCAGCGGUAACAUCGAUCACGAGCGACUAUCGCAGUUGCAGGAAGAAUUGCCAAAAUGGAGGAAUAACGGCCUGGCGAUAUAUCCACAGGAUUUCGAAAAGGACGACGAUACCAAUUUCCAUAUAGACUUCAUUGUUGCGGCGUCAAAUUUGCGCGCGACCAACUACAAAAUCUCUCCGGCUGAUCGGCAUAAGAGCAAACUGAUUGCUGGCAAGAUUAUCCCAGCAAUUGCCACCACUACCUCGGUGGUGGCAGGUCUCGUCUGUCUGGAGCUGUACAAGCUGACGCGCGGCGUUCGUGAUUUGUCAGUGUACAAGAAUGGCUUCGUGAACCUGGCGUUACCGUUCUUCGGUUUCAGCGAACCAAUCGCUGCACCUAAGCUCAAGUACUAUGACAUCGAGUGGACGCUCUGGGACCGCUUCGAAGUGAAAGGCGAACUGACGCUCAAGGAGUUCCUCGACUAUUUCAAGGAACGUCACAAUCUCGAGGUGACCAUGCUGUCGCAAGGUAUCUGUAUGCUGUAUUCAUUCUUCAUGGCAAAACCCAAGUGUCAGGAGCGCAUGGGACUGCUCAUGUCGGAGGUGGUGAAGAAAGUGUCGAAGAAGAAGCUGGAGCCGCAUGUGCGCGCACUCGUGUUUGAGUUAUGUUGCAACGACGAGGACGGGAACGACGUGGAGGUACCGUACGUGCGCUAUACUCUGCCUUGACUCGCCCGCGCAACCUCCGAUCGCGCCAGAUGAUGUCUACUUAACUGAGACACUUUUAGCCGGCGUAUAUCUAGUGAUUUCUACAAAUUUCUAUUUUACGACGAUGUAAUACACAGAGGAGACGUUACCGCUCCGUUGCCGUUCCUCGUCUAUGAACAUCUGUAUGAGGCACUCUUUCUUUCUGUAUUAUUCAUUUUUCUUUCUUUCUGCCGCGUCCGGACUUGUUCCUACCGCCAGCGCUUAGUAGUAGUGAUUUCAAAUAGCGAAGCGCAACAUUUAAUUAUUUCUCUUUGGUUUAGCAAAUAGAAGAUUAGAGCCGAGCUUAUGUCUCCAAGGCUUUUUCUUGAUCAAUCGUUACAAAAAUAUUGAAUUGAGUAUCAAAAACAAAAAGUCAGACCAAUUGCUUUUCAUUCAUAUAUUUUUUCGAAAUAAAUAUAGGAUGAAUGUUCUAUUCCUAUAUUUUUCUAUAAAAUAUUUUAGUUGUAGGAUAAGUCCUUUUUUUAAU